AUGAGCAAAAGUGGAGAUGUGUAUUGCUGUACAGAAUUACAUGAGUUUAAGUUUAUAGAUGCUAAUGAGAACGGAAUCAAAUGGUCUAAUUCUGAUGUUCAAUCUUUCAUCUCUAUUGAUCCUAUCCAUGGACCUGUGGUGGAAAAUGCAAGGAAAGCAGCAAAAGUAGCUGCGAUAGGAAGCGUUGUUGGAGAACUUCAUUUGGGCGGAACUGCCUGGAGAUAUUCAAAGAGUCCUCACGGUGCCGUCUUAGCUGUGGGUCUUGGAGCUGUGGUUGGUUACACAGUUGGAAAAGAAGCUGCAUCCCAUUAUUAUCAACUCUAUCGGGAUGAUGCUAUGGCUUCUCAGGUCAAGUUUUUGGAGUGGAUUGUACCUGUUGUGUAUUUCAGAUUGCAAGUGGUGGUGCAGGUUGUGCUGAGAAGGAGUUCCAGGUGUUGUCAGUGUGAUAAGUACAGGGUCAUGGAGUGGUUAAGGGAGCUGAACUGCGAAGUUAUGGGGUAA